AUGGCACGCUCAUCAGAGGAAACAAAGUUGGUCUCUCCUCCACUCUUCCAUGAUGCCAUUUAUGAAUGUUGUGUUCAGGGUGAUAAAUUCCGAAUCAACGUCAUCAACGAACUCAACAACAAUAUGUAUCACUGGCAUGGCCUUUUCCAGAAGGGCACUGCAUGGGCUGACGGGCCCACUUUCGUGAACCAGUGCCCUAUUGUGACAGGAGAUUCUUUUCUCUACACCUUUGAUUCCGCCAACCAAGCUGGAACAUUCUGGUACCACUCUCAUUUGGCUACUCAAUACUGUGACGGGUUUCGCGGGCCUUUCAUCAUCUACGACCCCCACGAUCCACAUGCCCACCUAUAUGAUGUCGAUGAUGACAGUAGUAGCAUCUUGACAUUGUCGGACUGGUACCAUGCGCCUGCAAAAGAAUUGGGUUUACUCACUGCGAAUUCUACACUUAUCAAUGGCCUGGGACGUUGGAAUGAAAGUCCCACGCACGACUUAGCUGUCAUGAAAGUCAAGAAGGGAACCCAGUAUCGCAUUCGGAUGAUUAACCUCGGGUGUGAAGCAUCAUUCAAAUUCUCCAUUGAUAACCACACGAUGACGAUUAUUGAAGUCGACGGUGUAAAUCAUGUUCCGUACACCGUAGAUCAAAUCGAGAUCUUUACCGGGAUCUGUGCCAAUCCCAGCGUUGGUCCCCAGGAUUUCGACAGUGGUAUCAACUCUGCCAUCCUUCGAUACAAUGGUGCCGAUAAUAUAGAACCCGUUACCAUCGCCUUACCGAGUGUAUCGCCAAUGAAUGAGUCCUUGCUAGUGCCUCUCGAGAAUCCAGGCGCUCCUGGAUCUCCCGAAAUCGGAGAUGUCGACGUUGCGCUUAACCUAGCCUUCAAUUUUUUCUUCAUACAGGAAAGCACCGGAGGCGGAAGGUUCACAAUAAACAAUGUCUCAUUUGCUCCCCCGCCGGUUCCGGUUCUUUCGCAGAUUUUAAGCGGUGCACAGGGUCCUCAUGACCUGCUUCCCGAGGGCUCUGUUUACUCUCUUCCAUUACAUUCCACAGUCGAAAUUUCUAUGCCGAGUGGUGUCAGAAAUGAAUCACAUCCGUUCCAUUUGCACGGCCACACUUUCGAUGUCAAUCCUGUUAGACGAGAUACCGUCAGUACCGGUAAUGUGAACGACAAUGUUACGAUCCGGUUCACGACCGAUAAUCCUGGACCAUGGUUCCUUCAUUGCCAUAUUGAUUGGCACUUGGAGGCUGGAUUCGCGGUUGUUUUUGCCGAAGCUGCGAAACAGUGGAACUCCACCAUCCACCCUACCCAUCAAUGGGACCAACUCUGUCCCAUAUACAACGCAACGCCCGACGAAGAUCUUUAG